AUGCCGGAGUUGAGCUAUGCCGUGCCUUCCUCUAUGGGCGAGUUACACAAGUGGAAUAUCACUGCAGAAAAUGGUCACAGCACCGCACCGCCUCUCUCCCAGAUCAGCAACGGCGGCAACUUCGCACUUGGCGCGGCCACCGCCUCGGUGAAGGCAGCCCCGCAGGACAGCUCUUUGAUCAACAGAAAUGGCAACGGAAACAACAAAGAUGCCGACACAAGCCCACCAAAGGAUAGUGGUGACCACGGUAACGAAACGGAGCGGUGCAUUUGGGUGCUUGACCCACUCACACGGAAGUUGCGUGUGCCUCUGUCGCAGCUCGUGCACACGCAGGCGACCGCUACAGCGGGGACUGUGCCGUCUCUCUGCAUUUCGUUCCUGGAGGGGCGAUGCCGGCACCAGUGGUGCAGACAGGCGCAUGUGCUGCCCUCCGCCAUCCCGCAGCUGCGCUACGAGGCGCUCCACGCACCGACAUGCUGCCGUGUGCACGACGACCCCCAUGACACCUCGGUGCUGACCAGCCGCUUCAAGUACAUUCGCGUCGUCAACAACGGCAGUAACGGCGGCGCGGACAACAGCAACAAUAACAACAAACAGAAUGCCAAUGCCAAUGUGAACAACGACACAAGCGACUUGAUUCACACAGAUCGCGUGGCACAGACGGUCGGUCUCCUUCGCUUCAUGGCACACAGCGUGCCGCCGCCGAAAAAAAAGCAGCACCAACAUUCUUCUUCAAAAGAGAGGAACAGCACCAGGGGUGGCGAGAGUGCCAAUGCAACGGGGGACGCCGAGAACGGGUCCGGAAAGAACACCAACGGCGUCGCCGAUGAUGGUCGCGAGGAGGUACUGGAGCUCCCCGCAAAGCUCAUCUGCCGCCUUCACCUGGCGCACCGCUGCCGCUACCUCGAGGACUGCAACAACAUCCACAUUUGCCGCGAGUACGAGUUGCGCCUGCAGCCACCGCCGCAAGUCAUGGCGGCGUUGUCCUCCGUGGCGCCCGCCACACGCACCAUCACCAUCGGCGACACAUGCUACGCAAUAACGCCCCUGUCACUUGGCGACGUCACCGACGAGGCGUUCCGCGUCAUUUGCGAGCAGCAGCGACAAGCCCUGCACGUGCCGCAGUGGCGCGAUACGCCAAGCAUCGCACCUCACCGCAGCCCCAUGAUCUACGGUGGCGGCGGUGGCGGCGGUGGCGCGUCUCCGCUCACGCUCGGCGCAGGGGUUUGGUCCACCACCAACAACAACAACAGCGGCAGCGCCGGUGGCCCUCCGCCCUUUCCCGCACACCCGGACAAUGGACACAGCGGCAGCAACUCCCCGGUGGCGCCCGGCUCGUUACCGGGACAGUCCCCGAUAAGUGUGCAGCCGACAGCGCGUGUGCUGCGCAUCUACGACGUGCGGCCCAAGGUCAACCACCCCAGCCCUCCCAGCGGCAACAACAAUAACAGCAGCAGCAACAAUGCCACUACAAACGGCAGCAGUAACAGCAACAACAACAACAACAACAACAACAACAACAACGGCAGCAAUAUCGCAAAGAACUACAUGGGUGGGAACAGUGUGAGGGGUAACUCCAACGGCGGCGGGGGCCCCAAAUACGGCGGUGGGCGGGGCGGUAAUCAUCACCACGGCGGCAAACACGGAGCGGCAAUGGGCGCUGAAAAUGACCGCAGAUCUGCCGCAGUAGUUGGGGGUGUGGGCUCUGCACAAUGA